AUGGACGACUCGAGCCGGAACCUGCUGCAGCUCGAGGACGAGUCGCCGGAGUUGGGGUCGCAUCAGCCGCAUCACCACCACAGACGUCGUCGUCGGAGCGAUCAGCAGCAGGGAGGUGGGGAGUCCGCGGAGCCGCAUGGAGGGUCCCCUUCCCCCUCGGGCUCGUCGGCCGCCUCGACCGGCCUGUCCUCGGGGUCGUCGCCGACUCCCCCGGUCGAGGGCUGUGGCGUCCUCCGGGAGCCACCCCCGGGCUUUGUCGUCCGCGAACUGGAGGCCGACCAACUCCGGGGUGCCGCGCCGGCUUCUCCCACGAGGCUCUCCAGGCGUGCCUCCUCGCGCGCCAGUGUCUUUCCGCCCAGGGUGUCGACCAUCGCCAGGGAGGCCUUUGGCCCAAAGUUGGACUCGCAGGAUGAUUCGUUGUCGAGUUCGCACACGACGAUAUUCCCGGGGGCCGGUGACGAGAAGAUCCACGCCGGGCUGAGGAACAACGGGGCCAGUCCACCGGCCAAUCCACUGCUCCUCGAUCCGGCUGCCGAUAGCAAGGACGACGCCGACGAUUUCCCCCCCGAGGCUGACACGCUCUUUUUCCGAGACGGGAGACGGAGGAUAGACAUGGUGCUGGUCUACCGGCUGGAGAGCGAGGGCGUGAUGACGGAGCAGGAGGCGCGCAAGAUCGAGCAACGCCGUGUUUUCGAGCAAAAUCUCCUUAAGGAGGGCCUCCAGCUCGAACUCGAGCCCAAGGAGAGCUCGUACGACGGCAAGACGUACUUCAUGAAGCUGCACAUACCGUGGAAGGUCAAGGUCCAGUACGCCGAGGUGAUGAACAUCAAACUGCCCACUCGACGCUUCAUCACCAUAUCCGUCAAGGCUUGGGCAACUCCUUUUUUGUUCAUCGUGAAAGAUCGGGACGCGGCGUUCACGCCAGCCCAAAGGUCCCUCAUAGUGAUGCAAAUACUGUUGCGCGCCAAGUACGACGAGGUGCACGAGAAAUCGGGUAUCAGGCGAUUACUGGCCGACGGGACUUACAUUGAUUGCUACCCGAUGCACGAGGGCCCGUACAACAAGCCAACGAGCGACGGACAGACCCUCGACAGGUAUCUGCUCUACAUGAUAUGGGCCAGACCGGGGCAGUGGUACAAGAAGCAGCCGAUUUGGCUGAUACGCCGGUACUUUGGGGAAAAGGUCGCGCUUUACUUUGCUUGGCUGGGCUUUUACACGCGGGCUCUUUAUCUGCCGGCCAUCAUAGGACUGCUGUGCUUCAUUUACGGCCUCUCGACAAUGGACAGUGCCAACAACACCCCGAGCAAGGAAAUUUGCAACUACUCGGUGGCAGGUAACAUAACGCUGUGUCCGCUGUGCGACAAGGCGUGCCCGUACACAAAGCUGGGAGACUCGUGUCUCUUUGCCAGACUGACUUACCUCUUCGACAACGCAUCGACCGUUUUUUUCGCCAUUUUCAUGUCCUUUUGGGCGACAACGUUCCUCGAGAUGUGGAAGCGAAAGCAGGCGGUGCUCGCGUGGGAGUGGGACCUGCAGAACGACGACGGCCACGAGGAGCCCCGACCAGAGUUCGAGACGAGCGUCAAAACGUUUCGCAUAAACCCGGUGACGAGGGAGCGCGAGCCCUACCUCCCGGUCUGGUCCAAGACGCUGCGCUACGUGGCGACCGGCUCGAUGGUCUUUUUCAUGAUCUGCGUAGUCCUGGCAGCGGUGCUCGGAACCAUCAUGUACCGCAUAUCUCUGAUCGCUACCUUCCACGGGGGCGGCUACUUUUUGAAGCGCCACGCCAAAAUCUUCACCUCGCUGACUGCCGCCUUCAUCAACCUGAUCAUCAUCAUGAUACUGACGCGCAUCUACCAGAAACUCGCCCGUUGGAUGGUCAACAUGGAGAACCCGAGGACUCAGACCGAGUACGAGGCCAGCUUCACCUUCAAGAUCUUUCUCUUUGAAUUCGUCAACUUUUACUCUUCCCUCAUCUACAUUGCUUUUUUCAAGGGAAGAUUUUACGUGCAUCCCGGGGACGUGGAGUCGCGCUCGUCCGAGUUCUACAAGAUCCGCACGGACGUGUGCGACGCGUCGGGCUGCCUGUCCGAGGUGUGCAUCCAAUUGGCGAUAAUAAUGGUCGGCAAGCAGGUGUUCAACAACUUUGUCGAGAUAUUGUCCCCGAAGAUGGUCAAUUGGUGGCGCAAGCGUUCCCACGCGGCCGCGACCAAGGACCAGUCGAGGCCCUACACCAGCUGGGAGCAGGACUUUCAGCUCCAGGACCCCGGCAGGCUAGCCCUGUUCGACGAGUACCUGGAAAUGAUCAUCCAGUAUGGCUUCGUGACGCUGUUUGUCGCGGCGUUCCCCCUGGCGCCGCUGUUCGCGCUCUUGAACAACAUUGCCGAGAUACGCCUAGACGCGUACAAGAUGAUCAAGGAGGCGCGGAGGCCGCUCGCCGACAGGGUCGAGAACAUCGGCGCCUGGUACGGCAUACUCAAGGGAGUCACCUACGCGGCCGUCGUCUCCAACGCGUUCGUGAUAGCGUACACGUCGGACUUUAUCCCGAGGUACGUGUACGAGGUGGUGUACUCGCCGACGGAGGAUCUGCGCGGCUACAUCGACAGUUCGCUGUCCGACUUCAACACGUCGCAUUUCACGGAAGCCAUGCGGCCGAGGGAGUCGAGAGACGCGCCCCAGAUCUGCCAGUACCGGGGUUACCGCAACGGACCCGAGCACCGCGACCCCUACGGCCUAAGUCCCCAGUACUGGCACAUAUUCGCCGCCAGGCUCGCCUUCGUCGUCAUCUUCGAGCACAUAGUGUUCGCGCUCACGGGCAUCAUGAGCUACAUAAUACCGGAGGUGCCGCGUUCCCUGGCGACGCAGAUGAAGCGCGAGAAGCUGCUCGCCCAGGAGGCCAAGUACGAGAAGGGCAUGCGCAACCGGGAGGCCGACGAGGAUUUGUUCUCGGUGUUGAGGGACGCGGGUCUCGGGGCCGCCAGGCCAGGUAUCACGCGCUCGACGUGGGCCCGCCGGUUCAGCAAGCUCAGCGACGGCCUCGACGCCCACGUCGAAGUCUCGACUCCGGUGCAACGGAGGCACGCGGCCGAGGCCAAUAGUUCCGUCGCUUGGGAGCAGAUCUCUUGAGUCCAACCGCAGUUUUUUUGUAUUUCCGUUUGGGUGUACGUUCAAGCGUGUGCAGAGUUUUGGUUUGCGUUUCACUGUGCUCUCUCUCUCUCUCUCUCUCUCUCUCUCUCUCUCUCUCUCUCUCUCUCUGCACGGGAUUUCAAUCGACAUACUCUUGUAUGUGCUUCUACCUUAUUGGUACAUUAUUCUAACUAUUUUACGAGUUUUAGUGUAUAAUAAUACCUACAUGAUAUUUUCUGUGAUUGGAAUACGUGCGCCGAUUUGCGUGAAAGUUGCUUGGUUUUUAUCCCAAUAAGUAUACCAAUUGAAGUAAACUGCCUUAAAACAAUUGAACCAUAUGUAUACGAGUGCACUUUUCGUACUUGAUUUUAAAAAAAAUCAGUAGAUUGUUUGUUCCAUUUCGAUCAAGACUGCGUGCUGUUGACACUGUAUGGAGCACCGUUUUAGGGCAAGAGAUUAGUCGUGUUAUACUACGUUAGUAUUUUACUUGUACAUAUGUAAGUAUGUAUGGGUUACUUAAAUUUAGUAAAUAAUUAAAUUGCGUGUAAAUAAAUAUACAUCAUUGUGUAUAGAUGCAUAAUUUUUGAUUUGUGUAAAAAAAAAAUACUUGAUUAUCUCGAGUAAAUUCAGGAUUAAUGCCAAUUGUUACGUAUGCUUUUAAAAUUAUAUUUAUUAAUUCUUUCAAAAUUUAUGUACACAACGGAUAUACUACACAA